CCACCAGGUCUGUUUCCAGAUCGCAGGGUCAGGCGUGCGUGACUCGAGAGAGCGAACGCGAGAGGAGGCGUUGUCUCCUCUGAGCAGAGGCGGGCCUGAGGAUCGGGUCCUCGCGCCUGUCGACUAUUAAUGACCCCCUCGCCUCCGCGCGCCUUCCCCGGUCCACAGGUUCCGGUGGCGGCGGCCGCACCGACGGACCCGGCGCAGGUUCCGAUGAACUCAGAAGUAACUAUGGACCCUAUACAGGGACAAGUGAACUUUGAGGAUGUGGCCGUGUACUUCUCCCAGGAGGAGUGGGGGCUCCUUGAUGAGGCUCAGAGGCUCCUGUACCGCGAUGUGAUGCUGGAGAACUUGGCACUUAUGGCCUCGCUGGGUCGUUGGCAUGGAAUGGAGGAUGAGGAGAUAGCUUUUGAGCAGAACAUUUCUGUGGGAGUGUCACAGGUCAGGACUCCCAAGGCAGGUCCUUCUACCCAGAAGGCCCACCCCUGUGAGACUUGUGGCCUGGUCUUGAAAGACAUUUUGCACAUGGCUGAGCACCAGGGAACACACCCUGGGCAGAAAUCAUACAUGUGUGGGGCAUGUGGGAAACAAUUCCGCUUCAGAGCAAACCUUUACUACCAGAAGCAGCACAGUGGAGAGGAACCCUUCAGAGGGGACAAGAGCAGCACCUUGCUUGUGAACAGCUGCCCUGUGGAACCACUGGAGAUGCCUUUUACGACAGGGAAGGGUUAUAAGGACUUCCCAGCUAGCUCAAGCAUUUUCCAGCACCAUGCCCCUCAGAGUAAGUGGAAGCCUAACAGUAACACCAAAUGUGUGGAUGCUUUUCACAGCGGACAAAGGCAUUACGAGUGCAGUGAAUGUGGGAAAGCCUUCAGCCGGAAAGACUCACUUGUCCAGCACCAGAGAGUCCACACUGGAGAAAGGCCUUAUGAGUGCAGCGAGUGUGGGAAAACCUUCAGCCGCAAACCCAUACUUGCUCAGCACCAGAGAAUCCACACUGGAGAAAUGCCAUAUGAGUGUGGCAUAUGUGGGAAAGUUUUCAAUCAUAGCUCCAACCUUAUCGUACACCAGAGAGUCCACACGGGAGCAAGGCCUUACAAGUGCAGUGAAUGUGGGAAAGCCUACAGCCACAAAUCCACACUUGUUCAGCAUGAGAGUAUCCACACUGGAGAAAGGCCUUAUGAGUGCAGUGAGUGUGGGAAAUACUUUGGUCACAAAUACAGACUCAUUAAACACUGGAGUGUUCAUACCGGAGCAAGGCCCUACGAGUGCAUUGCAUGUGGGAAGUUCUUUAGCCAGAGCUCUGACCUUAUUGCACACCAGAGAGUUCACAAUGGUGAAAAGCCCUAUGUGUGCAGUGACUGUGGAAAAGCCUUUAGCCACAAACAUGUACUUGUUCAGCACCAUAGAAUUCACACUGGAGAAAGGCCAUAUAAGUGCAGUGAGUGUGGGAAAGCCUUCAGGCAAAGAGCUUCCCUCAUACGACAUUGGAAAGUUCACACUGGAGAAAGGCCUUAGGAUGGCAGGGAAUACACCAUUUCCUUGUUCAACAUAGUGACUGACAGCAGAGGGAAGCUCUGAGAUUAGCCUUCGUGAGUAGCCAUCAGCUGGAAGUUGAACCUCAUACGUUUCAGCAUCCACCCCCGGGAGAUUAUUCUGAGUGUCACCUAUGUGGGAAGCUUUCUGGUGCUGUGUUGCACUUUGUAACCUGUCCUGGAGCCUUGCCAGAAUUCUGUCA